AUUUUAACAAGAAGUUUGAAAUAUUGGAUAUGAUUGAUACUACUCUUAAGAAAAGAAGGAAGCUAGGCAAGAUGCUCACUGAAGCAAUUCAGAAAAGAGACUUAGCACGCAAAAUUUAUAGGAAGGUUAAGCCAAACCAAAGGAUUAUGGCAAACACCCCUAAGUUGCCCUUGUGAGAUAAGUGAAGGCAAGAGAGAAGGACUCAGAAAUCUCGCUUGAGGAUUGUGGAGUUCAAGUCUCGACUGAACCGACUUAGACCUGUAGCACAAAGCAGUAAGGGUGACUUAAGUUUUGAUAUAUCAUUGGCAAAUUCACAGAAUUAUACCAUUUUAAAGAGCCUUAAGCAGGAUAUAUGAGCCUUUGUUCGAGACUUUACUCAGAAAAAUUGAAAUUGACGGCAAGCCACUCUUAAUUUGGGAAAGAUAGUACUUGGAAGUUCCAGUACAACAGGCUAGUAUUAUAUAUGACCAGUUCUCUACUUCUAAUUCUUAUUAAAGGUGUCCCAAAUUUGGAACUCUAUGAAUUUGCCAGUUGGAGAUUCUCAUAACUUUGCUGCUUUAUGAGUAUCUCACCAAAAGUAAGAAGCGCCACAGGGAAAGUAGAGAAGAGGCUAGUAAGGCAAUCAGGUGUUUAUCACUACUAACAACCCUUUGAGCCCUAAACCCCUUGCUCUC